GCCCGCACUGUGGUCUAUGUAUACCGUGACAUGCCUGCACCGUUCCCUCGCCUCAACCCUACCCCCCGUUCGCCUCGAUGACUUCUUUCAACCUCGACGAAGGUUACUCAGACGCAGCCUCCACCUCUGCAUACACAAUGUCCCCACCACUUGACGCUGAACCCUCGCAGCUCCGAUUAGCAUACGACUUCCUGCAAAAGGAACACGUCAGCCUACUACGGGACAAGGAAAGGGCGGAUGCGGACAAAAGGGCACUACAAGCUGAAGUAGAGCGACUACGGGACGAUGUGCGAACGCAGGGAGAAGAACUUCAUAGGGUCGGAGCGGAGGCGGCGAGCACACGUCGGGUGUUGGUGCGGAAGGCAGAUGGGUACGCGGCGCUGCUGAAGGAGGAGGUCAGAGAGAUGGAGAGGCUCAAGAUAGAGAAUGAUAUGCUGGUGGCAGAGCGUCAAGCGUUGGAGGACGCUCUGCAGGCAUCCAACCAGGAGAUCGCUUCCCUGAAGGCGGACGCAGAGCGGAGGGUAGCACGUGGUCACUGGGAAUGGCGCUCGCGCAUGCUGCAGCGAUGCAACGAGCUCGUUCCCCUCGUCGAGAGCCGCUUGGCUGAACUGAAAUCCACUCAAGCAUCUUUGUCGAACCUAGAUAGCAUUGAUGCGGACCAGGCUGCUGAAGACGCGGAAGAGCGUGAUCACGGGUUUUUACUUCAGCUUCUAACCCCACAUCCGUCAACGAAAACGCAACGCAACGCACCUACUCAUCCUGCAUCUUCUCUUGCACCCCCUUUUUCCGACGACCAAACCCGACCUAGCGCCUAUUCUACUCCCCAGCCCGGCAUCCUCCGGGGCGACAUCCUGACUUUGGGCCUUCCUACGCCUAAGCCGACGCCUGACGACACGCCAGUCUCACUUACCUCGCACUCUGGGGCACACACUCAACCAUCAACCCCUUCCGCAAUCUCUGAGCCUCGCAGCUCGCCUGAACCACACUCUCCCCAUAGCGAUCCACCAAGCCCCAUCGAUCUUUUUAGUACUCCUUCGCCAGACCUCUCAGAGGACCAACCAGAUGUAGUUGAGGUGUGCGCAGUCCUAAUCUCGUGGUCUCGCGUCCGGAGGGCGCUUGACUGCUUUGUGGCCAUGAGUCAAAGUAACAAGGUGCGCUUCCUCGAGCAGCGUAUCCUGUCGCGAAAAGAGGAGGGUUCGAGCAAGGAUGCGCCGAUGGCUAAGUUCCUGUCGUCCGCGGUGAGCUCAGAUAAGUACGGCAUGGCGCGACUCGAGGAGGACUUGCGGUUGGUCGCAGAGGACAUCUCGGACGCGAAGAGUUUCACGGAGUUCUUGAGUCGGACACCAUUACCUUUGGCUACUAAGGAGAGGCUGAUUCAUAUCGCGGAGGCAGUUAGUGCACAAGGUAGCAGCAUGGCGCCGAACUGACCUUUGCUGACUGACCUACGCUAUACCCUUGUUACACUGAAUCUUGUAUAUUUGACUAGUUUUUCGUUGUUAUUUGCUGUAUGAAGAGUAGGGAGCAUUCCGUAUUUGUACUGCGCAAGUUUGCCUAAGCUUG